ACAACAGGACAAUCAUUCAAAGAAACACCCCAGAAUAGAUCUACAAUACAAACAUACAUGCUCCAACCACCAUGAUGGACUCUUACUUUCAAAUGGGCGGCAAGCCCAUGCACAUGGGUGAUGACACCAGCUUUAACAUUAAUGACGCCAUGCAUAAUAUACCAAAAGAUGAUGGCAGCCAGCUCGAUGCCACCCGCGGUUUUUGGAAGCAAUUCAACGCCUUUUUGUCCAUGGCACUGCCCUACUUCCAUACGCAACCUCGAGCCCGUUUGCUGUUUUGCGUCAUGGUGGUCUUGACGCUGCUCAACAGCGGCGUUCGUGUCUUCUUUUCGUACUUGGCACGCGACUUUUGGUCUGCCUUGUCGGAAAUGCGGCAAGACGACUUUUACUACAUUAUGAAACUGUUUGUGGUGGCCAUGGUGGUGCUGGCGCCCAUCAAUGUCUUUUACCGCUAUCAACGACAAAUGCUCGCCAUUCACUGGAGAGAUUGGAUGACACAGCGAGUCUUACAGCUCUACUUUUCCCAUCGCGUCUAUUACGGACUCGAACGACAACAACCGCAACAACCAACGACCCAUCAUGAUGACAAUGACAAGACCAGCACUCGAUCGAGUAUUAGUACUACAGCCGCAGCCGUGGACAAUCCCGAUCAACGGAUUGCCGAAGACGUGAGAUCGUUUACUGAAUUCAGUCUGACUCUGUUCCUGACGGUCCUCAUGGCGAUAGUGGACCUGGUCUGUUUUUCCAUCAUUCUCUACACCAUCAUGCCGGCACUCUUUCUCUCCAUUUUGGGAUUUGCGUCCUUUGGAACCGCCAUGACCAUGCUGGUGGGACGGGUAUUGGUACAACUCAACUUUGAAAAAUUACAAAAAGAAGCCACACUGCGAUACUCACUCGUACGAGUCAGAGAAAAUGCCGAGUCCAUUGCCUUUCUCCGAGGAGAACCGGUGGAACAAUCCAAAGUCCAACAGCGAUUGGCCAGUGUCAUUGGGAACAUGCAAGAGCUCAAUGUCGCCGUGCGCAAUUUGGAUUGUUUUACUACGUUCUACAAUUACCUCACGUGGAUAUUGCCCAUUAUGGUAGUGGCACCGCUGUACUUUGCCGGACAGGUCGAAUUGGGAGUCAUUCAACAAGCGACGGCCGCAUUCUCGCAUGUCUUGGAUGAUUUGUCCAUUCUGGUCACACAAUGGGAAUCACUGACCGAGUUUGGUGCGGGCAUUGACCGUCUCUACACUUUUUUGCGAGUGUCACAACGCAUUGUACAUCCCGACGACGACCAUGACAACUCCACAGCGAGUCCCUUCCUGUUGGGUACCAAACAGCCCGAAGCAGAACCGGCUCAACCAUCCCUCAUGUCGCUGCCAACCGUCCAAUUCAACAAUACCACACGAGGCAUACAGUUGCAGCAACUUCCAAACAACAAGCUUCAACCCGGUGCCAUGAACAUUCAAAACUUGACCUUGACCACGCCCACCAUCAAAACGACUCGUCACCAUCAUGAUGACAAUGCACGGACUCUGGUAGGCCAGCUCAACGUGUCCAUUCAAUGGGGAGAACACUUGCUCAUUGUGGGUCCCUCCGGGGCGGGCAAGAGCAGUCUCUUGCGGGCCAUGGCAGGUCUCUGGGAUUCUGGGUCGGGAUGCAUUCAGCGGCCCGUCGAUGCGGAUGUGUACUUUUUGCCACAAAAACCGUACUGUGCACAGGGGACGUUACGAGAUCAAUUGCUCUAUCCCGACACUACUACUGCCAGCAGUACUACUAGUAGCGAACAACACGCCUACAACCCGGAUAGUACCACCAGUGACAGCAACCUGUUGACGAUAUUGAGUGCCGUGGACUUGGCGGACUUGCCACGGCGCGCUGGAAAUAGUGAGAAUCCGGUGCAAGGACUCGACGCCACUAUGGAUUGGAGCAACGUCCUGUCGCUGGGAGAACAGCAGCGGCUAGCGUUUGGAAGAUUACUCGUCAAUCGACCCAAAAUGGUCAUCCUAGACGAGUCCACAUCCGCAUUGGAUGUGGAAGCAGAACGCAGAAUGUAUGGGCUAUUACGCAAGAACGGUAUCACCUACGUGAGUGUGGGCCACAGGCCGUCAUUGGAGGCAUACCACCAUACCAAACUGAUCUUGCAAGGAGGUGACUUGCAUCUUGUGGAAUCCAUACGAAAUCAGUUGCCGACAGCGUUCUAGCUAGCUAGAAUACACUACAGUAUGUAGUAACCAACCUUUUGACAAGAGACCAGUGAACCCAAUGGCAGUCGCCUACCGUACAGUACCGGUAGAGCUAUGAACAUGCUUCCGACACAGUUCAGGUGCUCCGUUUUGACUCUUGGAAUCUAGCCACAUAUAAAACAGCCUCACAUCAACUAUUGUCAACAGUCAUAUGGCAUGGAUGGCAUCGUCCUCUCUUCAGAAGUCAGCCUCUGCAGCCGUUGAUGGUCGGACCAUCAACUCGGUUGAAAGCAAGUCCAGUGCGAACGAUGUUCCAGAUACAGAGAAGCCCUUCGCACAAAGUGCAGUGCAACCUGGCCAGCUACCCGACCACUAACCUGGCUGGAACAUCAGGGGAAGAUCCAUCCAUUUCCGAAUGUGCUGCCAGCGACGGGUCUUAGCUGUCGUUUAUUUAGAAGCAUUGAGACUGGUAUAGUACGGUACCGGACUGUUGUCCGUUGCUUGACCUACUCACCAGCAAAUAGCCUAGCAUAAUCCAAGCAAAUAGCUAGUGUUGCUAGAUACCGGUAGCUAGAAGCAACAAGCAAGAUAACCAAAUCUCGCUUAUGCGGCCCCUCUGUUCGCAGAGAGCGAAGCAAACGCACCAGCUAGACUACAUGAAUUAGACACACGUGCUUUGGUUGCUGCUGGAGUAGCUAGCU